CUAUUUUUAUUAGAAACGACAAUAAACAAAAACCCAACACAUUAGAAAUAACAACAACAAAAUUGGAAAUUAUAAAUUUAUUUCAUCAACAUUUGACUGGUGUGGAAGUUGAAAUUUUCACAAUAAUAAUCUGGUGAACUGUUUCCUUUCAACUAGCUAACUAACUAAACAAAAUUAUAGACUAACUAAACCGAGCAAAAUAUUCCCGAAGGGUCUUUUUUUCGUUUUUGUGUUAUAAAGUAAAAUGCAGUUUUGUGAGUUUGGUAUAAUGUUUUCUGUGUUGAUUCGCUUUUCCAUUCGUUUCCUGUCGUGUUCAUUAGUUACAUUCUUUUCGAUCACUCUACUUUUCCGUUUAUUGUUCUAUAGAAAAAAAAAUGGAAAACCGGAUACCUAUCAAUUUUUUGUUUUAGUUUCUUAAUCGCUUAGUGACUAAUUUCUAUUUGUUUACUCAUAUUCUAGCUUACCUUAGUUUUGACUAGUUUUCAGUUUUUUGUUUGCUUAUCGCAUUUUUGGUUCGUUUUUAAUCUUGUCCUCUUAUAAGUUAUUCAUUAAAGCGUUUCUUUUUCUGUUAAUUUCUUAACGUGUUUUUUUCCUAAAUUAAAUCUAUUUUUUAUUUUCUUCCAGCUGCUAACAUUGCUUGGUAUGUGAGUGUUCGAUUAUUUGAACCUGGGUGAACUUUUUUUUUUAUCAUAAAUAUGGUCAUAAAUAUGCACCAAAGGGUCGAAUUUUCUUUCAGCCUUUUUUAUGAGAUAAUUCACCGUCGAGUUGGGAGGUGUUCAUUUGUAAUCGCCAUUUAUAAUGUGACCCCUUUUUGAUUUUGUUUUGCCAUUGUUUCCAAAGAUUUAUGCAUCCGCAUCCAUGUUCCGCAGAUGCGGAUGGCAACCUUUUCCAACCGUUCCGCUAGUUUUCUUGGGAAUAAGAAAACGCCCCGCAUCGUCAUAUAUCAGACAAUUAGGUCGGUGAAUUGUUGUGUGUGCGAGGGAUAAUGUGUGUUUGUAUUUCCGAGAAAUACCCUUCCUAGUUGUGUGAUAAAGGGCUCGACGAGCUGGGGUCUUCUUGGAAGGAUCGGAAAGAUUGGAAAACUGGUUGGUUACGGAUCACGCUUUGGUAUGUUUAUUGUGGGACUGUGAUCUCUGACAGCCAUCUCCAUUCGAACUACGUUUUCUCGACUUGAAGUCAUGGGCGUAGCCAGGAUUUCGAGAAGGGGGGGGCAACUUUUUUUUAAAUCGUAGUUUUAUAGUAGUUUUAUAAAAACACAUGAAUAUUAACACAUGAAACCAAAUCCAAACCGAAUCGAAACAGUAAUGAUUAAAACAAUAAUGGAUUUAAAAAUGCGUGAUUUAUUGCUCAUCGGAUAUUUUUAAAUAAAGUGAGAAAAAUAUUAACGAACUUAGUAUUCAGAAAGAAUAUAAAAUCGGCUAUAACAAUUAUUAUAAAAAUCCUGCAUUCUUCCUUAAGUCUUGUCUUAUGCAUUCUUCCAUAAGUUUAAGAAAACUAGAACCAUACAUCUGAAUUUCUAAACAAAUCCUCUCUGAAAUAAUAUUUAUUAUAAAAUAGGCAGAAAAAUCAAUAUGCAAGCUUUCUCCAGGAAUUCCUUUGACAAUUGCUCCUGGCAUUCUAUCCGAAAUUUUAUCAGGGAUUCUUUAGGAAUGCCUCUAGCAACUUAUUCGGCAGUGUCUUCAGGAAUUCCACCAUAAAUUUUGCCAGGAAUUGAUCCGAAAAUUCCACCAUUAUUCACUCCAAGAAAAUCUUCACGAACUUCUUUAUAAGUUCUGCAGAAUUCUCUGCAAUAAUUCAAAUAAUUUUGUGCUGUUUCCCAUAAUUUUUAAGAAUAAUAAUAUUCCGUGGAAGUUCCGCAGAAUCGCCAGUAAACAUUCCAGAGAAUUUUACGAAAAAUCUUCGAAUUUCUUGUGUAAAUUCCAUAAAAUUUUCCGUGAAUUGUUUCGAAUAAUUUCUUGUGAAAAUUUCAAAGAAUUUCUCCAGGAAUUCCACCGGAAAUUUAUACAGAAAUUAUACCGAAAAUGAAAUCAACAAUGGAAUUUUCGGAGGAAUUUCUAGAUUAAUUCGCAAUGAAAUCCUGAAAGAAUUCCGGUGGAAACUUCAAGAUUUCCACUGGGAGAUCCUCCAGGAGUUUCUCCGAAAAUUCCUCAUGGAAUUCUUCCAGGAGUUCCAUCGACAUUUCCACCAAGAAUUUCUCUAGGAUUUCCUUCGAAAAAUAAUUCCGGUAGUUCUAUCGGCAGUUCCUCUGAAAAUUCUUCCAGGAAUUUCGGCAGAAUUGGAAUUUAUUUAGGCUUCUUCAGGAAUUUAUAUAGAUUUUCCACCAGAAGCUCCUCUGAGAAUUUCUCUGCGAGCUCCUCAGGGAAUUCUCCGGGAGGUCCUCUGAUGAUGAUGAUGGUCCAGCUACAUGGUCCCCAACAAAGGUUUCAGCUAGACGAGAUUUGUCUAUAAGAUGAAUUCUCUUGUUUCCGAGAAUGCUUCUGGUAGUUUCCUGGGGUUCCUUUGAAAAUUCUCCCGGGAGUUUCUUCAGAAAUUCUUCCAGAAAAUACCUUCGAGGGUUCCUCCGGAAAUUCCACCAGCAAUUCAUCCGGGAGUUUCUCCGGAAAUUCCUCCGGGAGUUCCACCAGAAGCUAUUCCAGGAAAUUAUUCAGGCUUUUUUUCAGGAAAUCAUUUAGACUUUCUUCAGAAAUUAAGCUGGAAAUUCCUCCCGAAGUUCUUCCGAUAGUUUCUCUGGGAGCUCAUCCGGGAGGUCCUCUAGGAAUUCUUCUAGGAGUUCCUCCGGGAGUUCUUACGGGAGCUCCUCCGGCAGUUCCUUCGGGAAAUCCUCCGGGGGAUCCACUAGCAGUUUCUAAGAAAAUCCCUCCGGGAGUUUCACCGGCAGUUUCUCCGGGUGUUUCUCUGAAAAGGAACUCCCGUGGGAACUCCCAGAGUAAUUUCCGGAGGAACUCCCGGGGGAUUUUCUAUAGGAAUUUCCGGAGAAAUAAUCAGAGGAAUUCUUGGAGGAACUGCUGGUGGAACUUCUGGAGGAAUUUAUUGAAGAACUACAGGAAGAAUUUCCGGAGGAAAUCCUGGAGGAACUCUCGUAAGAAUUCUAGGAUGAACUCCCAAAAGAACUUUCGUAAGAAUUCCAGGAGGAACUCCUGGAAGAAUUCUUAAAAGAACCUCCCGGAGGAAUUCCCGUAAGAACUCCCAGAGAAAUUCUCCGAGGAACUUCUGGAGGAAUUUGUAGAUAAAUGCCUAAAGAAAUUCUAAAUGAAUUCCUGGAAGAAAGCCUGAUUGAAUUCCCGAAGGAACUACUGGUGGAACUUCAGAGGAAUAUCCGGUGGAAUACCCUAGAGGAAGAGAAAAAAUAUUCUGAAGGAACUUCCGAAAUCCCAUUGUGGAUUGUUCCGAAGAAAUUUCUGGAAGAACUCUUGGCAGAUAUCCGAGUAAAUUCCGAGUGAAGUCCGGAAGGAAUUCUAGUACACUUCCGCGGAAAAUCUCCCGGGAAAAUUCCUGAAGGAAUUCCUGGAGAAGUACCUGAAGAAACUCCCGAAAAAAUACCUGUAAGAAUUUCUGGGGAAAUACUUGGACGAAUUCCAGGAGAAAUUCAUGAAGAUAUUUCUAGAGGAUUUCUUGAAGGAUAUUCUGAAGUAAUUGCGAAAAGAAUUCCAGAUUGGAAUGCUAGAUGAUUUCGCUAUUGAAUGUUUGGAGGUAUUCUCGGAAAAUUUCCUGGAAGUAAUCCCGGAGGAAUUAAAGGAAGAGUUCCGAGAGGAAUGCCCGGAGAAGUUCCUAGAAGAAUUUCCGAAGGAAUUUCUUAUAGAUUUACAAGUGAAAUUAUGGAGCUAAAUUGGAGGAUUUCCAUCAUCAAUUUUUGAAGAAACUUCUGGUAGAAUUUUGGGAAGAAAUUCCGUAUGUAUUCUUGACGGAACUCUCGAAUGCAUGUCUGAAGGAAAUGCCGGAUUUUUCCUGAAGAGAGAAUAACCGAAGAAAUAUCUAGAAGUAAAUCUUGGAGAGAAGAAAAGAAAUCUUCAAGGAAUUUCCUCGUGAAUUUCCUAAAAAAAUAGUGGGGGGUUUCUAGGAGGAAUUACAAUUACAUGAGAAGGAUUUUCGAACGAUUUUCAGAGGAAUUUGUGGAUAACUUUCCGGAGGAAUUCAGUAGUUCCCAGGGGAGCUUCUAGAAGGAUUUCAAGGAGAAUUUUUGAGUCCGAAAUGUUUCGAGAAUCUUUUGGGAAUCUUUUGAAUUUCAACCACCUAUUUCUGUAUAUGAUUGGAUCGUAAAGUGCACAUGUUUAAGGGAAUUAAUUUCAGUACCCGUGCAAUCUUUCCACAAUUUAGGGGGGGGCAACGGCCCCCCCCUGCCCCCCCUUGGCUACGCCCAUGCUUGAAGUAACUGUAAUAACAGUCUUAGCUGCAAUUGUGUGGAUUAAAUAUUUAAUAAGAAACACUCUUUUGUGUAUAGUACCUGUAUUGGUACAUGAAUGCUGUUUGGUUUGAAAUGGACAUAGCGAACCUUCUUUGAAAACAAAAAUAAAUAAAUGGGUGCGCUCCAACACACGUUAAUGGCCGACCUACGGGAAGUGGAAGCCAACAAUGCAACCGAAGGUUGUUUCCGGGAUUAAUAUUGAAUGAAGUUCAAUUACUUCUUACAUGAACAGAGAAACAGAGCGUUCCAUUAUAGAAGUCGAAUGGAACGUGCCAAAUUAUUGAAAUCCUUAUAAGAAGCUUUAUCUAGUCGACUAUCAUGAUAGACCCAGAGCAUAAAUUACCGGUUAUGACAUCCGAGGAAGACUGUUACUGGGUAUUUCUAUUUAUGGAUAUCUUAGGUGGAUUACCUUCAUAUAUUCGAAAGUAAGCUAUAUGAUUAUUUUAUGAAUUUUCUUAUGAAUGUGAACUUUGCAAAAUCAUUUAAUAAGUCUGCCAAUUUGAAAGAAUGUUUUGGUUUUGAAAGAAUGGCAGAUAUUGUUUUGUUAUUUUCAGAUGUUUCUUUUUAACUUCAAACAUUGGUCAAACAUAAAUUUUCAAAAGUUUUUGGCAGACAUGCGAUUUAUUCAGUUUUCCGCGAGCGGUAAUGGCGGCCAAUUUGCCUGUGGAUAGUUUUUGAUUUGAUGUUUGUGGAGGUCAAGUGCACCUACUGUUCCGAGCAACACCUUCUUGUUUACCACAUUGGUCAGAAUGAUCGAAUGAGUGCAGUUGACCUCCAUAAACAUCAAAUCUGAAAACUGGAUACUUGAUUGUUUAUCGAACAGCAAAAAGUUCAUCGAAAUAGUUCGAUAGGCAUGCACUCUAUCACUGCACUACAUUCUUAUACAUUGUUUCAAAUGUGUCACUGCAAAGUGACUCCAUACUCUCUUAUUAGCAUUUACAACUAUGUUUCAUAAAACUCGUAAAUUUUUGUAUGCGUCUUUUGACUUUUAGUAAGAAAAUGAUUCACUUAUUGCGGAUCUUUUCAAAAUUUUCCAUUUUGCGGAUUCCGCAAAGUUCUUCCGCAGCUGUCAAAGUUCUACCGCCAGCUUGAAAAUCUUCGAAACACUGAAACAAAAUCCAGAUAUUUGGUGUUGUCAUCGUAGAAUGCCAUGCAAAAAAUCUGAGUAAAAGUAUGAAGUGACAUUUGCGGUAGUUUUUAAGUUGAACCGUAAAAGGGAAAGUUAUCUCUGGAACAGCAAUACUACUUUGUUACUUAAUGAUUUGUUGUCAGAAAAAAAACUUGCCACGCUCAUUAUCUGUCGUCUACUACUACUUGUUCUUGCAUUUGUAAUCAAAAUGGUUAUAGGAGGAAAAGUAUUUAUUUGAAUAUACAAACUUCUACUUUGUAGCAAGCUCGACAAGUUUUUUUUAUCCCUAUUUGAUUUUUUUUUCAUAAAAUAAUAAGUUCAUCACUAAAAGCUCGACCAGUGUCACUAACAAUGUAGUCGGAUAAUGUUGGUUCCAUAUUCCAUAUCAGUAUCAGCCGACCUGUUGCGUAACUAUAGAAAGAACCGUAAUUGCAAGGAUAACAUCAGCUUAUUAUUUUCACUAACUAAACUCCCUUCCGCGAAUCGUUGCAAAUAUUAUGUAACUCAUUGCAGCGAACGGAUAAGUCGUAUUGGAAUUCAUUCUUCAUCAGUUCAUUUAGCAACAGAGCACUAUAAAAGGAGGGACUCUAUAAUGUGGCGAGAACUUGAUUGUGAUGAUGUUGGCCUCUGUGCAGUUGAACGUUGCGUUGGUGGGAUUUUUGCGACAGCUAAGUAUUCAAAAUCGAAAUAUAUCCAUGCUCAGUUUAUCAUCUGUCUUGCUCUUGAUUUCAGUCUUGGCAUAUUUUGCGAGCGACAACUACUGCACGGUUAUUUAUUACGACAAAAAUCUGCUCGAUCAUCAGCAUGUUUGUGAUCAAUAUUGUGAGUUUCUGUUGGCGAUUGAGGAGGCGUUAAUGCAGAUUGAGGUGCCUCAUACAAUUUUGUGGAUCGCCUCAUUGGAAUCGACCGAAGACGUUUUGGAAAAUUCUGUCAAUCACGGAUGUCAAGUAUGGGCCCAGAAAUUCUUAUUCCAUAAUUCAAUUCUGUACGCUUUCAGUCUUACAUAGUUGCGACCAAAAACAUAGAAAUGUUUUUGGAAAUGAAAUUGUCCGUGAAGGAAAACUCAGUACAACGAAGUCGGGACAAGAAUUUUCUGUUGUACUUUGAUGGUGACCAUCAUAGCCAUCUUAAUGGCGAAGAGUGGAUAAUAGAAGAGGCAAUGAAAUGUACGAUUGAUGGAAUUUCUCGUGGCAUCCCUGUGGCAUAAAUAUUUUAUUUCUAGUUUAUCCAAAUUUGUGGUUUGUUAAGUCAUCCGGAAACGACGUGCUGGAUUUUUAUUCGCACGAUUACUCAAUCGCGGGUACAACAAAGCUUCAGUUGGUUCAAAGUUACAACAUCACUGUCGACAAAGUUGUGAUGGGCGAAAGUUCACUGUUUUACGAUAAACUAUUUGACAUGGGUGGCAGGGAAAUCGCAAUGGCGGUGACAGAUUAUGUACCUUACUGCAUGACGACCGAUGUGGGAGCGCAAAACGGAAAUGUCGAUGCGUUCAACUCUUCACUGCCCCAGGAGUUACAGCUGGAUGGACUGGAAGGUAGUUUGAUUUUGGAGUUCUGUAGGACUCGCAACUGCAAAGUUCUUCUGUGGUCAUGUAAGGAGAUAAAACUUGUUAUAUGGAUCAAGGGAUUUUCCCCAAGUAGCACUGUGAAUCUGAAUUUAUUCAUAAUUGAAUCAUCUUCUUCUACUUUUAGCACUAUUUCGUCAUCCUAUCGAUUAUUAAUUUCGUUCAUACUGUUAUCGGGAGUUGUCCUCAGCAAUUCUUAUUCAAGUGGCCUUGCCAGCGUCUUGACUAUUCCUAGAUAUGAAAAAUCUAUAGAAACGGUACAUGAAUUCGCGCAGUCAUCUUUUCGAUGGGGAGGUCCUGCGCUGGCUUGGGUUUUGUCACUGAUAGGAGUGGAAGCUGUAAUUAAUCAAAUCAUGCUCUAA